UGAUGAAAUUGCACUUUCUUGUUUUGCGUUCUUCCGGGUUUUGGAUGAAAGCGUCAGCUAAAUGACACGUAAUGUAAAAAUCUAUUGGACAAAUCUCAUUAUUCCCUCUAGUUUUCCGGUGCAUUUAUUAUUUACACCAGAUGUACCUGAACAAAUCUCAGUUUUUGACUAUUUAAGCAAUCAUCCAUCUUUUCCAUGAUGUCCAUGAUGAUAGUCUCUCGUGGACCAGCCUGCAGUUUCCUACAACGGCAGCAGAUGUCCCAGUGGUCUGCAGCGUUAGGAGGGAGGAGAGCCCUCUCUCCCUCUCUGUCUCUCUCUCACUUUAAAACCGCUUCAGAUCUUACAUCAGAUCGACCACCGCACAGCUGUUAGAUGGCGGUCUCUCAAAUAUUUAGACAACGCGUUUCCGCUGCGAGGAAGUAGUUCGGCUGUUUUCGGGCUGCGCAUCGGGAAGAAGAUGGCACCCAAACAACCGUGGACCCGGAUCCUGAUCACGCUCUCGUCCUUGUUCUCCGUGGCCGUGUGCAGCACGGCGGCGGCGGACGCCCUGCAGGAGGAGGAGGCCCUCAAUGCGGAGAUGGUCUCUUUCCCGUUAUUACAGGCUUGGCUUCGUCAAUUCGGCUACCUGUCUCAGGCGAGCGGUCAGAUGUCCACCAUGCAGUCGGCUCAGAUUCUGUCCAAAGCUAUCAGCGACAUGCAGCGCGUCUACGGCCUAGAUGUGACGGGGCAGAUGGACCCUGCUACUGUUGCGGCCAUGCGUCGGCCUCGCUGUGGCCUCCCAGACAGAAAUCUGGAGAGGAUGCAUGGUGGCACGAGGAAAGAACGCUACGCUCUCACUGGACAGCAGUGGGGAAAAGAUCACAUCACCUACAGCAUCAUGAACCAGCAAAUCCCCUCCUCUCUGGGCGAGGAGCGGACCUACAAUGCCAUCCGCAAGGCCUUUGACGCGUGGAGGCGGGUCACGCCGCUCACCUUUGAGGAGUUACCUGCUGAAAACCGCAUCAGCAUCAACAUCAGCCAGGCAGAGCUGGCUGACGUCCUGUUGUUGUUUGCGUCUGGUUUCCAUGGUGACAUGUCUUUGUUUGAUGGCGAAGGAGGGUCGCUGGCCCACGCCUACUACCCCGGACCAGGGAUCGGUGGGGAUACGCACUUUGAUGCCGAUGAGCCUUGGACGCUAGAAAACCAAAACCCACAAGGUAUAGACCUGUUCCUGGUGGCGGUCCAUGAGCUCGGCCAUGCUUUGGGCCUGGAGCACUCCGAUAACCCCAAUGCCAUAAUGGCUCCGUUCUACAAGUGGAUUGACACACACAACUUCACCCUCCAUGACGAUGACAUCAGAGGAAUACAGUACCUAUACGGCCCCCCCCUGCUCGGCGACGCUCCACCGACCUCUCCUCCAGUCCUCGACGACGAACCCAGACACGACUCCCCCAGCUCCCCUUCUCCUCCUGAAGAUGGACCCGACCCAACUCCUCCCAGGCUCCCCCCACCCGAUUCCCCCGGCCCGACCGACGGCAUUCCCGAUCCCCCGGAGCCGAGUCCCAGUUCUACCUCACCCACGCCCUCCCCCACCGACUCACAGCCCCAACCCGUAACCCCACCUAUUAGAAAGGAUGUCCCCCUCCCUCCUCCUCCUCCUCCGUCUCCUCCUCGGCCCCCUGCCCCUCCCCGACCCCCCAAGCUGCCGGACAACCAGGCCCCCGACAUCUGUGACGGGGACUUUGAUACGGUGACCGUGUUGAGAGGGGAGAUGUUUGUCUUCAAGGGUCGCUGGUUCUGGCGCGUGCAGAGGAACCGGGUCCUGGAUAACUACCCCAUGCCGAUAUCUGUGUUCUGGAACGGCCUGCCUAGUGACAUUGACGCGGCCUACGAGCGCCACGAUGGCAAAUUUGUCUUCUUUAAAGAUGAUAGAUUCUGGGUGUUCAGGGAGGCCGACGUGCUGCCCGAAUACCCGCAGCCAUUACACCAGUACGGACAAGGAGUUCCCGCUCAUAAGAUCGACACAGCAAUCUGGUGGGAGCCCAACGAGUACACAUACUUCUUCAGCGGAGACAGAUACUGGCGAUACAACGAGGAGACCCGCACCACGGACCGGGACUUUCCCAAGCCAAUCAACAGAUGGGGCAGGAUCCCUUCGUCACCUAAGGGGGUGUUCCUCAGCGAUGACGGCGCUCACACCUACUUCUACAAGGCCAAUUAUUGGAGGUUUGACAAUCGCAGGACGGAAGCGGAGAAAGGCUACCCUCGCUCCUUCCUGAGGGAUUUCGUGGGAUGUGUGGCAGCCGCCCACCCGCAGCCUGAUACGGACACCGAGCAGGGACCCAAAUACAAACCAGUCAACCCGUCAGACCGAGGCAACGACGAGCACGAAGAGCCCGACGGGGCCGGAGACAAGAACGAGAACCCGUCCUCCCGACCUGACGGCGCGGAGGAAGAGGAGGAGGAUAAAGAGGUGAACGUGGUGGUGACGGUGGCCGACAACGGAUCAAAGGUCAUGACUCUGAUCAUGGUGAUUGUGCCUCUGGUCCUCAUCCUGUGCGUCCUCGUCCUGAUCUACACCAUCCUCAGGAACAAAGAGACCCCGGGGGCCUUGGUGCACUGCAAACGUUCGUUGCAGGACUGGGUGUGAAGCGCAGAACAGGGGGGGCGGGGGGGGGGGUGCGCGGUAUUCGACAUUCGCAGUCGUUACAGGCGUCUAAAUUUGUACUAAUGGCUCUGACGCGGUAGUUUAAGUCUACAAAAGCAGAGGAUGAGUCACCGUUUGGGGCCCCGUUUAUUGUCAGAGCUUUUAUCGCUGAUGUGAAAGAUGUAGGUGCCUGUGGAGCGGCAGCGUACGUUUCCUUCUACUGGCUCUUGAAGUUCUUGUGCUUUGUGCCUUCAAAAUGUCUUAAAGGGUACUUAUAUAUUUCUUUAAAGAAAAAAAAAUCAAUCACAGCUUUAAAAACAAAAGAUGUAGCAGCCACCAGAUGUUUACUGAAGAAGACGCACGACACUUUUCUAUUCAGAGGGGAGGGACCAGUAAUUUAGUCGUUGUAUGAAUGCAGACCAAGUCUGCACACAGAAGCACACGCACUGUACAUAGACACAAACAUGUGUCCUUACGGCUAGAGAAUGAAUUAUUCAAAUACACUCAUUGAUAUGAACAAGUCUUCAAUACGCUCGACUACGGUGCCUCAACAAAUUCUAACUUGAUUCUUUGUUUGGAUCACAUCAUUUGCUCUUUUGAUUCAGUUUUGCUGAGGGGGCGUUAUUGCAGAUGCGCUUGUGUGUCCUUGUGUUUGAAGCACACUGACACCAGCAGAAGAAGGCCGGCGCAGGAAUGUCAGACAGCUGUGUGCGUCCGUGACCGGCCACCUCCCACUGAGCCCAUUAUGUCGGACACGCACCAGCAUCACAUGAUCUCAACUCCCAACUCUCCCUGCACAUGUGCAGACACACACACACCCACACGCACACACUAAGACAUAGAGACCACUUACCCAAACAAAGGCACAUAGUUUUUGCACACAGACACAAAGGCUCCAGCCCCCCAAAACCCCCCUCCCACCACAGCCUGAUGUGAGCACCACUAAAACAGCGUCCCAGUGGAGACGCCCGGGGCCACGGCUUGGAUGAAAUACAACAGAGGGGCAUUUGUACACACUUAACCAGAAGAUUUGAAAAGUGCUGUGAUGUUUUACAAAUGAUCUCUCAGCUUUUUUGCUUUGCAGCAGCGGGUCCGGCUCUGGUUUCCAUUAAGCCCACAUGCCGCUGAUUUAUUAGUGUCAGGCAUGAGCGGAGAGAGGGGCGUUGUGGAAAAUGCAAGAAGAAGGAGGUAUAAAAUAUAACAGUGGGGGGAAAAGGGGGAAAUGAGAGAGAAUGAGAUGACGAGAGAAAGAAAGAAGCCGGUGGAGGCGGUGAGUGAGGAAGGGGAGACGGAGAGCUGUGCCAAAAUUUCCUUUCCAGUUUUUGUUUUUUUAUGGAAGAGGAGGAGCAAGGGAAAAAGGGAGGACGGAUGUUUGGGAGGAAUAGCGCUGGCGUUGCGCCUCUUGACCUAGAUUAGGACACUAAAUCCACGCCUGCCUUUCAAAUGUUCUUGUUUUUGCUGGGUUUAUUUGUCAUGAGCUGUAAUCAACGUCCUCUGCGACCCCCUUCGCUCUCCAUUAUCUCUCCUUCUCUCUCAUUAUUCUCUCGUGUCACCGUUCUGCUUCUGGCUUUGUCUCAUUGCUGUAGCUCUCUGCAGUAAUUCACUCAGAUGUAUUCACUUUAUAAUGCACAGAAACAUCUACAGAAAAGGUUAAUUUAGUCUUCCUUUAUCAAUUUGUUUGUUUUGUUGUUGUAAAGUCACUAUUGACAUACUAACCAUUACAUUUUACUUGUGUCUUCCCAUUGUCCCCAUGUUUGCUUUUUACCAUUAUUGUGCCUUUUUUCUGUGAAUUAUGAGAUGGCUUUUUUUUUUUUACUAUAAAAAUCACGAGGGGACAUUUAAAAAAAAUGUGUUCCCUUUUCUUUUUAAAUCGUAUUACUUGUAGUUUUGAAAAUUGUAUUUUUGCUCUAGUUUUCUGUAUGGACAGUAUCUGAGAUAAUCGCAACGUUGAUCCAUGCAGGGCAUGUUCUGUAAGGCCUGUGCACUCCUCUGUAGAGUACAUUCAAGUUUUCACAAUAAAACGUACAAGUAAAAGCAACA